AUGGUCUUAUACACUAUACGCGCCAAAAUGCUGGAUGAUGUUACCCCUGGUGAGCCUUGCCAUUGUAGAGUGAAAGUGGUAUUUGGUCUCCCUUGUCGUCACAGUCUUCCAAGAGAUCAUGUGUUGACUUUGGUCAAUAUUCCAGAAAGUAUCACUAUCAAGGAGUCCACUCCAUGGAUGAAGUCUGUUUCUUGGCUUGAGAAACUUUUUCGGUGCUGUGAAGAUGAACAGCAAGUUCGUGGUCUGAUGGCAAAGGUCAACAACUUCAUUGAAAAUGCCAAACAAUAUCUUGACCACCCUGAGAUGGUUUUCUCUGUGGCUAGUGAAGUCAAAGCUCCUGGAAGAUCAAAACAUAUCAAAAGAAAAAGUGCUCUUCCAAAGGACUAUGUCUUGCACAAGCACAGGUAUCUCCUUGCUCAAAAAAGCAAAGACGAGAUACGAGAGAUGAUAAAACAAGAGCUUAGAGAUGCGGUGAAGGAGUGUUUAGAGGAGGAGCCUCUCAAAAAAUCAAUUAAAAAAAUCAAAAAAGAAAAAGAAUUCACUAAAGAGCAAGAGCCUCUCAAAGAAGGGAUUUACGUUCUCUCAAUAGCUAAAACAAAUAAUAUUGCUGAUAAACAAGAGCUUCUCAAAGAAGCUGAAAAACAUUUCUUUGGAAUUAAAAGACUCAAUCACCUUCCUGAUGACUACUGCAAAAAAACAAAUGUGCAUGACUUUGCUUUGCCAAUUCAAAUUGACCAAUCUGCUGUUUCAUUGACCUUCAACCCCAAGUCCGAUGAGGGUGGAGAGAACCAGUUUCCUUUAGUGAAGAAGAAGAUGUUGGAAACUGUUGUAACCCACGUCACACUCUAUGAGCAAAACUUUGAAAUGGAUAUUGCUGAAGUGACGAAAGACAUUGCCCAUGGUUCUGAGAGGACGAUCGGAGCAUCUUGCCUGUAA